UUAUUUAUCACGUUAUCUUGACUCGAGACUUGUGAGCGACCAGAUGGAAUUCUGCACUGGCUUAAUAACAGAUUCCACUCAUUUCAAAUUGCACAGCGAACGUUUUAGCUGAUUUAUCUGCUAAGCAUUAGAAACGUAGACUUCUAUCGGGGAGGCCAGGCCGCGCUGCGAACCGGGACCGAGGCGGGGACGACAUUUAACGACAUCUGUCCCCCAGCUGCUCGUGUGCGACUCCGUCAUGCCACUGUUCGGCAAAUCUCACAAGAGUCCCACGGACAUCGUCCGGACCUUGAAGGAGAACCUGGCCAUCCUGGUCAAACACGAUAAGAAGACAGACAAGGCAUCUGAUGAGGUGUCAAAGUGCUUGGUGUCCAUGAAGGAGAUCCUGUACGGGAGCAGCGAUAAGGAGCCGCACACGGAGACCGUGGCCCAGCUCGCACAGGAGCUGUACAACAGCGGCCUGCUCAUAUCCCUCGUUCAAAACCUUCAAGUGAUAGACUUCGAGGGGAAGAAGGACGUGUGCCAGAUCUUCAACAACAUCCUGAGGAGGCAGAUUGGGACGAGGAGCCCCACCGUGGAGUACUUCUGCUCCCACCAAGAGGUCCUCUUCAUCCUCCUGAAGGGGUACGAGACUCCACAGAUAGCGCUGAACUGCGGGAUCAUGCUGAGGGAGUGCAUCCGCCACGAGCCCUUAGCCAAGAUCGUCCUUCACUCCGAGCACUUCCACAGCUUCUUCAACUAUGUGGAGAUGUCAACCUUCGACAUUGCCUCCGACGCCUUCGCCACUUUUAAGGAUCUUCUGACGAGACACAAAGUGCUUGUGGCUGAAUUCCUGGAGCAGAACUACGACGCUGUGUUUGCAGACUACGAGAAGCUGCUGCACUCCGAGAACUACGUCACCAAGCGUCAGUCUCUGAAGCUUCUGGGUGAGCUGCUGUUGGACCGACAUAACUUCACGGUGAUGACGCGCUACAUCAGCAAGCCGGAGAACCUGAAGUUGAUGAUGAACCUGCUCCGAGACAAAAGCCCCAACAUCCAGUUCGAGGCUUUCCACGUCUUCAAGGUGUUCGUGGCAAACCCCAACAAGACGCAGCCCAUCGUCGACAUCCUGCUCAAGAACCAGACCAAACUAAUCGACUUCCUAAGCAACUUCCAGAAAGACCGCACGGACGAUGACCAGUUUAACGACGAGAAGACCUACCUAAUCAAACAGAUCAGGGAUCUGAAGAAACCGGCCUCCUAGAGAGGAGUCCGCCACCACCUUUUCAAUCAGUAGGAAGACAAAAGCUAACGUCCUUUAACGGCCAUGGGUAUUCAGAAAAAUCACCAAGAUGUUUUUCUUUUUGUCGGUUCACGCAGGAGUAGUUCUUAAUCAGCAACCUUUUGGAAAAUCUUUUUUUUUUAUGAAAUGCAGCAUGUUGUCUUAGUUCAGAAAAUCUUUAUUCUACCUGCGGAUGUAAAUCAAUUCAGGAUCUGCAGCGCUGCAAACCAGAUCGAGUCCUCUGGAGGAGAUAAACCCGUGCCAUCUUAGCCAAUACUUCUUAGCCAGAUCAUGACUUGUGACCAAAAAUGAAGCUAAAAAUCGUGAAUGACUUUGUCUCUUGUUUGAAGAAUGAUUCAGAUGAAGCUGCUGAGCUUCAGCCAUCACUAAGUUCUCUUCUACUAGCACUUUCUGUAUGAUGAAGCUAACAGGAAACCGUGAAAAAGCUGAUCAGUUUACGUCCUGCUUUGAUUCUUUAACCUCGUUUCUUGUACAGUUCGGUAGAAGGAGUUUGUGUUCUUUCCGUUCAGGAGUUCUCCUCUGAUCUGAAGGAAGUAGUUGGAAAUUCAGACGUGCCUUUGGUUGGUUCUUUGUUUUCGUCUCUUUCUAAGGGGAGCUUAAUGAAGAUGUUGGUGGAAAUAUGCUCUGCACACGACAUAUUUGUUUGGAUUAAGCUGUGAACCUCAGUAGAUUGGAGUUUUAGGCCCAUAGAUCCCAUCAAAAUGAAGAAAAAGAAGUCUUUUCCUCUCUAAAAAUGAAAGACACAUUCAAGUUGAUGCAGUUUAUUUUUCAGGGUUUUUUGUUUGAUCAGGAAGUUCAAAUUAAAUGUGUGUUCACAUAAAAAAGAAAAAAAGAAAUAAAAAAUAGCAUGUAAACCUGUGAUUGGGAUUUUGUGUCAACUUCUUUGUUUUGACUUUUUUGGGGGUUAAAAAUGACAACAAAAUGAAAUAUUUCACAUAUUUUCAGGCGAAUGUGCAACUUUAGUUCCUACGGUCUGAAAGCAGCCAGCUGGUUUUGCUAUUGUACCACGUUCACUACCAAUCAAAGGACGGGAAUGCACGGGUUUGUGUGCGUGCUCGUUAUUCAUGCAGCUGCUGUACCGUUUUCAUCCUAACAUCCACAAACAUCGGGGUGUAACGGAUCACUAACAGUUCGGAUCGGAUCAGUAAA